CACCGUCGUCUACAUUAAGCAUCCAAGCCUCACAUUCACAUGCUACUUGAUUCGCCAUUUGUAGUUCAGCUAGCAUCCCUUUAAGCAGAGUGCUCUGCAAUGGCCGCCGCAACCACCAACGCCGCCGACGUGGCCCCCGCCACUAAGCCGACCCUCUUAACCGACCUGGCAUCCUCCGUGAGCCACGUACCCUCUAAUUUCGUCAGGCCCCUCGGCGACCGUCCAAAUCUUCAAGACGUUCAAUCCGCCGAGGGAUCCUGCAUCCCUCUCAUCGACCUUCAAGAUCUCGAUGGCCCUAACCGCUCUCUCGCCAUCCGCAAGAUCGAUGACGCCUGCCGAAACUACGGCUUCUUUCAGGUUGUGAACCACGGAGUUCCAGAGGAAGUGGUCGAGAAGAUGGUGAAUGUGUCUAGGGAGUUCUUCCGUCUACCGGAGAGUGAGAGGAUGAAGAGCUACUCCGACGAUGCAACAAAGACGACGAGGCUGUCCACCAGUUUCAAUGUCAAAACCGAGAAAGUUGCAAACUGGAGAGACUUCUUGAGGCUAUUCUGUCAUCCUCUUGGGGACUACAUCCAUGAAUGGCCCACCAACCCUCCAUCAUUCAGAGAAGAUGUGGGUGAGUACUGCAGAAAAAUGAGGGAGUUAUCGCUGAGAUUGCUGGAGGCGAUAUCAGAGAGCCUGGGGUUAGAGAAGGAUUACAUAAACAAGGCGUUAGGGCAGCACGGGCAGCACAUGGCGAUAAACUACUAUCCGCCGUGUCCAGAGCCGGAGCUGACCUACGGGCUGCCCGCCCAUGCUGACCCCAACGCCGUUACGCUUCUCCUGCAAGACGACGUCCCGGGAUUACAGGUCCUCAGGGACGGCAAGUGGCUCGCCGUUAAUCCUAUUCCCAACACCUUCACUGUCAAUAUCGGCGACCAGGUUCAGGCGAUCAGCAACGACAGGUACAAGAGUGUGUUGCACCGAGCAGUGGUGAACUGUGCGAAGGAGAGGAUGUCUAUCCCAACGUUCUAUUGCCCAUCACCGGACGCUGUGAUUGGUCCAGCACCCGACCUCAUAGACCCUCAUCAUCCUGCGCAGUACCGGAAUUUCACCUACGGUGAAUACUACCACCAGUUCUGGAACAGAGGCCUCGCCAAGGAAACUUGCCUCGACCUUUUUAAGGCUGAUUGAAUCAUUAAAUCAUAUUUUUAAUUUUUAAUUUAAUUGCCCAGUUAUAGCUCCGUUUAAUUUCAUCUGCAUAUGAUUGACCCAGUUCUUCAUGGUUAAUAAAUUUUAAUUCCCUGUUUGACAAAUA